AUGUUUAAACCAUCCACUCGUUCCACCACUGCUGUUCGUCAAGUGUUGAAGAAAAGUCCAACUUCAAGUUUGAUCCAACAAAAGGCUCAAUCCAAUCCAUCUGUUAGAAAUCAUUACGUUUCAAUAAAUCCAACAACCGGAAAGGAGUCCGAGAAGAAGUUUAAGUGUUUGAGUAAUGAACAAUUGGAAGAAGCGGUUCAAGCAAGUUGGAAAUCAUUUGAGGCUUGGAAUCCGCAAUUAUAUAGUGCCAAUUCAAAGGAACUCUCCGACCUCAUCAGAUGGCGUUGUGAAUCUGUGAUGAAUCCUCUCGCUGAUCUUUUUGAUUCUAAAAAACAUGAAUUAGCAAAAUUGAUGGCUUUGGAUAUGGGUAAACCAUUGGCACAAGGUGUCGCUGAAGCUGAGAAGUGUGCCUUGCUCAUUCGAUACUAUGCCAAGAAUGCCGAGAGUAUUAUGCGUGAAAGAAUUGUUACAGAAAAUGAAAAGCAUAUUAGUAAGGUGGUUUAUCAACCAUUGGGACCAAUUUUGCAAUGCGCACCAUUCAAUUUUCCAUAUUGGCAAGUGAUUAGGUUUUGCGUUCCUGCCAUGCUUGCUGGUAACACGGUAUUAAUUCGUCACAAUCAUCAAGUUCCUCAAUGUGCCGAAUCUAUUAAUCAUCUUUUCACAGAAGCUCUUGAUAAGAGUAAUGCACCAAAAGAAUUGAGCAAACUCUAUCAAAAUCUUUUCCUUGAAAAUGAACAAGUGAGCACAGCCAUUGCUCAUUCCAAAGUUCGUGGAGUUGCUUUCACUGGAAGUACACAAGUGGGUAAAAUUAUUGCCACACAAGCAGCGGCAAAUCUCAAAAAACAUGUAUUGGAAUUGGGAGGUGCUGAUGCCUUUAUUGUUCUCAAAGAUGCUGAUUUGGAGCUUGCUGUCAAGAAUGCAGUCACAUCAAGAAUUAACAAUUGUGGACAAACAUGCAUUGCUGCAAAGAGGUUUAUCGUAGAAAAGGAUAUUCUUCCACAAUUUGAAAAGAUGCUUGUUGAGCGAGUGAACAAACUUGUUGUAGGAAAUCCUCUUGAGAAUGGUGUAGAAGUUGGACCAAUGGCAAGAAAAGAUCUCAGAGACAAGUUGGAUGAACAAGUUCAGCUCUGUAAACAACAAGGAGCUAAAAUUUUGGCUGGAGGUUUUAAAGUGAAAGAUAAGGAGGGAUGGUUUUAUGCACCAACUGUUUUGAGUGGUGUCACACCAGAUAAUUUUGCUUUCCAUAAUGAACUUUUUGGACCAGUUUUUGUGGUCAUUGCUGCUGAGAAUGCAGAUCAUGCUGUGAGUUUGGCCAAUAACAGUAUUUAUGGAUUGGGUGGAAGCGUUUAUUCUCGCGAUUGGAAGAAGGGAAUGAAAUAUGCUGAAAAAUUGGAAUGUGGUUUGGCAUUUGUGAAUGGAAUUGUUAGAUCGAGUCCAGAUCUUCCAUUUGGAGGCGUUAAAGAAAGUGGUUAUGGAAGAGAGUGUGGACCUGAAGGAAUGCUUGAAUGGUGUAACAUCAAGACCAUGUCCAUUGAAAAAUAA